GCCAUCCCAUGAUGCAGCGCGGGGGCGGCGGCGACAGCGACGGUGGUGGCGGUGGCCGCCAUGUUGUGGUAGUUUGUUGUUCUCCUGUGGUGGGUGCCUGCGGAGGGGCGGCGGGAGGGGGAGCCUCCGGGCGCUGAAUCCGAGCCCUUCCCCGUCCCCCCCCCCGCUCCCCGCCGCUCCUGGGGGCGGCACGGGGUCGCUGCUGGGAGCCGCCGCCUGGCCGAGGCGAAGAGCCAUGGCUGCCGCCCUGGGAGGAGGCGCAGAUGAUGACUUUGAUCAGUUUGAUAAGCCUGGUGCAGAAAGGUCUUGGAGAAGAAGAGCUGGAGAUGACGACUGGGACAGUGAACUUGAUGAUGACUUGCUUGGAGAGGAUUUGCUAACUGGCAAAAAGAAUCAGUCAGACUUGUCAGAUGAAGAGCUGAAUGAUGAUCUUCUGCAAAGUGACAACGAAGAGGAACAAGAAUUUCGUUCUCAAGGUGUCACAGUUAGCCUCAAUGCUACAUCUGGCAUACUUACAUCAUACGAACUAUCUGAGACCAUCAACGAUCCAUCAAUAGAACAUGAGUCUGAGUAUGACCAAGGGGAAGAUGAAAUUGUUUAUGACAAAUCUGAAGCACCUGAAGUAUAUGCUUCAGAGUAUGCAGAGGAAGGACAUUAUGAAGGCAAUGAUCCUGAACUGACAGAAGACCAAAUAGAAUAUGGAGAAGAGCCUGGAGAAGAAGAUGAAGUGCUAGACCUUGAAAUCAAUGAACCCCUAGAUGAAUUUCCAGAUGAAGAUUACAUGCAAUCAUAUAGUGAGCAAGCAAUGGAAGAACAAGAAGAAUAUACAGCUGAUGAGGACCUGGAAGAAUCCCAGACAAUGACAAAUGAAUCAGAAGAGGCAGCUAUUGAAUCUCUGGAACUUCAAGAAGAAACAAAAGAAGAAUCUGAUGAAGAGGAGGAUGAUGAUGAAGAGUCUGGACGAUUACGUUUCAAAACCGAACGGAAAGAAGGAACGAUAAUUAGGCUCUCAGAUGUGACAAGAGAAAGGAGAAACAUUCCAGAAACUUUGGAACUUUCUGCAGAAGCCAAAGCAGCAUUACUUGAAUUUGAAGAGAGGGAAAGGCAGCUUAAACAGGGGCGGUACGGCUCACGGAGAGGAGGGCGAAGAGGAGGCUCAGUUAUGUGCCAUGGAAUGGGAGAACAAAGGAGAGACAAUAAUGAUAGGGGGAGAAUGAAGGAUCACAGACCUGCACUGCUGCCAAACCAGCCAUCAACAAUGACUCAUUCACAGAGGUUAAUUCCAACACACCAGCAACCUGUUAGGAGUCUGUUCCAGCAGCACCAACAGCAGCAGCAGCAGCAACAGCAGCAGCACCAACAGCAGCAGCAACAACAGCAGCAGCAGCAGCAACAGUUACAAUCUCUGCUUCCUUUACAGCAUCAGCAUCAUUCUUCUCCUCCUCCAGGGCUACAUAUGCCCCCUCAGAUAGAAACGCCUAGAAUAAUGAUGACUCCACCUCCAGUGACACCUCAGCAACCGAAGAACAUACACAUAAAUCCACAUUUCAAGGGGACAGUAGUGACGCCUGUACAAGUGCCCUUGCUGCCAGUUCCAGCCCAGCCAAGACCUGCUGUAGGACCCCAGAGAUUUCCUGGCCCUCCAGACUUUCAGCAGCAUACGCCUGGACCAGUUCCUACCAACUUCUCCCAAGCCCCAAGGCUGCCAAUUCAGGACCAGUGGAGAGGGCCACCACCACCACCACCACCGCUCCCUCCUCCACCUCCUCAGGAAAGAGAUCCUUUCUUCUUAGCAGCAGAUCCAAGGUUUCCAAGUCAUCACUUGUUUGAGCAGCGAAGCCCCCCACCGCCGCCACCUCCCCCGCUUCUUAAUAGCGCGCAUCCUGUCCCUACCCAAAAUCCGAUGCCCUUCAGCCAGCCCGGGCCAGCAUUUAAUCAGCAGGGACAACAACCAGUAUUUCCCCGAGAGCGGCCGGUACGGCCAAACAUGCAGCCUCAAGGUCCUGUGGGGAUUCUCCACUUCAACCAGCCAGGUUCGGCAAACCCGCGGCCGUUCAUCCCUCCGAGGCAGCAGUUCCUGCAGGCUCCGGGACAGCCCUUCCUCGCCGCGCACACGCAGCCCAGCAUGCAGGGUCCCUUGCAUCCUCCAUUACAGCCUCAGCCACAACCUCAGCCUCAGCAGCACCAUCACCAGCAGCAGCAGCAACACCAUCACCAACAGCAGCAGCAGCAACACCAUCAUCAUCUCCAAGGGCCGCCACAGCCCUUGAUGCCCAUGAACCAGCCACAGUUCAGGCCUCAUAUGCAGGCCACGCAGCAGCAGCCAAAUAACAACAGGAUGCAGUGUCAGCCACGACAGGGUCCAAUGAAGCCAAGGCAUAAUACACCAUCACAAAAUAUUGUGAAGCGUCCGAAUCAGCAGCUACAGUCAACUGCUCCAAGAAAUAGUAACUUGCGUGAAUUGCCGAUAGCACCAUCACAUGCUAUGGAAAUGAGCAACAACAGGAGAACCUCUACCCCAGCUGCUCAGGUCAAACCCAUUACCAGCACGUCGUCUGCCACAAAGUCUGUAGCUGGUGUUGGAAACUCACAGGGCAGGCCUGAGAUGAAAGCUAAAGCAAUCACACCAGUGGGCCAAGCAAAAUCAGAAGUAAAAUCUGAACCAGAGUAUCCAGAUGAAGAUGAAGAAACUAGAUUGUAUCGUUUGAAGAUAGAGGAGCAGAAGCGUCUAAGAGAAGAAAUUCUGAAACAAAAGGAACUGAGACGGCAGCAGCAGGCUGGUGCUAGAAAGAGAGAAUUGCUCGAAAGACUUGCGCAACAGCAGCAGCAGCAACCUUCUACGCAGCAGUCCUACAUGCAGCAGGAGGACGACUCCUCCGAGUUCCCCACCAACGGCAGCCCUUACAUACCCCACUCCGGCUUACAGACCAGGCAAAAUGUGAAAAACAGACUCCUUGUUAAAAAGCAAGAUACGGUAGUUGCAAAUAUCCAACCCAAACCCACAGAUUUCCCACAGGUCGGGGCGAAUAUGCAGUAUCAAGGACAGCAGAUGAAACCAGUGAAGCAGCUGAGGCAGACUAGAACAGUACCUCUGAGUCCGCCUCAGGCGCCGCAGAAAGUAUUACAGACAAAGCCUGCUGCAGCAUCGCUGCCCACGACACAGACUGCUCGAGUGGCUUCAGUACAAGCAAGGCCCCAGGAAAUGAAACCUGGUGUGAAAAGGACUGUCAUGCAGCGGACAAACAGUGGUAGUGGAGAUGGGCCCCAUGUCGGCAGCAAAGUCAGGGUGAUUAAGUUGUCAGGAGGGCAGGGGGGAGAGGAUGCUGGCUUUUUUCACCCAGAGGGCCAGCCCCAGCGGCCUCAACAACCCCUGGAGCCGAAACAGCAGCCAGUGCGGAAGGUCACAUUGACAAAGGGAAUGCAACAGCAGCAGCACCAACAGCAGGCACAGAUCCAUUCACCAGCUCCUCAAGGAGUCAAAAACAUCCAGGGAAUCCAUCAACCUAAAAAGGUCAUUAUGCACGGCAGAGGCAGAGGAGUAGCAGGCCAGAUGGGCCGAGGACGCUUGAUGCCAAAUAAACAGAACCUGCGAGUGGUGGAGUGCAAACCUCAGCCCUGUAUUGUGUCAGUUGAAGGGCUUUCUUCAUCAACUACUGAUGUCCAACUGAAAAACCUGCUGAUGUCAGUGGGACCCAUUCAGAGUUUACAGAUGCUUCCUCAACAACGGAAAGCCAUAGCAAAAUUUAAGGAGCCAGCACAUGCUUUAGCAUUUCAACAGAAAUUCCACAGGCACAUGAUAGAUCUGUCCCACAUAAACGUGGCACUGAUAGUUGAGUGAUGUCUGCUGAGAGAAACCCUGACACUAACAGAAGCGUACUGUGGAGCUACAUGAGGCACAGUGGCCAAACCAUCGGGUUGUGAAACCUUUCAGCUUAGUCUUUAAUUGCUAUGUUGAACUACAGAAAGCAGCAAGAUGUCCUCCAGAAGAGCUGAACUUGAGAGGAUCUGCAAAGGUGGAAUUUCUGUUCAAUUUGUUCAUGUUCUGUUGUAACCAUGUGGAACUACAGACUUUUUUUCAAAAUGCUUUCAAUGCAUGUAGACACUGUUCUUCAAGACCCUACUGUGUGACCACAGUGACUUGAGAGAGAACGUUUACAUCGAAAGAUUUAAAAACUUUCUUCAUAGCAAAGAAUAUUUGAUAAUGGUUGCUCUUAUCUUCAGUAUGAGGUAUUUGAAUGAAAACUCACUUUUCUAAACAAAACACAUUAGUUACGUUGUAUAUCUGAGAGCACAGAAGGUAUUCUUGCAUAGAUUUACACGUGGUCUACUUCACUGAAUAGCAGUAUGCUGAGGAGCUUUGGAGGUGACACUGGAAAAAUUGUAGUUUCAAUCUUUGUAAAUAAGUCUGUCUUUGCAUUUUUCUAUUCCAACACAGACUUCCAUUUUCUCUUUCCAACUCCACUUAUUCCGUAAAACCCUAUGUAGGAAUAACAUUGCUGUAUUUUCCCUUGGUUUUUAAAAACAAGGAUCUUUGCCCUUCAGUAGCAUUGUGGGGUAGUGAACUCCAAGUUGUAACUAGGUUGUUUUAAAUGACGUUGCCAGAUACAAGGAAAAAGAAAUAUUUGGUGGCUCACUUCAAAAAUGUUACACAGGAAGAGUGGCGCAUUCCUAAUAGCUCUUUUGGGAUAGCGUUUCAUGAUUGCCUUAUGCUUUAUUUUGAUUAGGUUUUUUUCUUUGAGAUUUAUUUUGUGACUAAUGCUGAACCAUAAGAAACCCGUAACUGAAAGGAUUUGGUUUGAUGUGGUGUUCCCGAUAAAUACAGGACUAUAAGGACAUUGUGAAUCUGCUGGUGAACGUGGCAGUUCCCAAAAAUUACGUGCAAAUAUUAAGGAGCUUAUAUUUUAUUCGAAGUAAAAUCCGUAAUAUUUCCUUUUGGUUAGAACCAUCUAGAUGGUGUUGCCAAAGGAACAAUUUUUUCAGUUACUUCUGAAUAAACUUAUUAAAAUGUCAUCUUUAUAUUGGAUUCCAGUUUUUAUGAACAUUUCCUUAGUUUUUAGACUGUGAGCUUUUGCUUCAUCCUUUAUUUUAGGAAUACUCUUAAGCACUCCACCUACUGUUUGAAUGGGGGGACUUACAGAAACCUUACAGGUUUGUUAGCUGAGUGACCACAGAAGAGCACUAUUGGUAUGUAAUGAAACAGCUGCAAAUGGGGUCCAAAACAGGCAUGACAGGCAUGGAAGGAUGAACUAAGCAAGUUUAUAGUACCAUAGAUUUUUUUUAUAAUUAUUUUUUUAAGAUUUAAUGCUAACGAAGUCACAAAGACCUGAUUGGCUUUCUUACAGUUUUGGUCCAGAUUUUCAAUUAUGAAAAAGUUACUAAAAAUAAUGAUUGAAUAAUAAAUACUGUCAGAAGUCUUCUAGGUAAAACUGCUCUUUGUUCAUUACAGUAAUACAGAAUAAUGUGGUACUUUGGAAAUACUGCACUGGGAAAAAAAUUGAAAGUAUACUCUAAGCCCAUUUACAACUUAGUGAUGAGACACAGUAACAUCAUGAGAAUUUCUGCAUGGAAGUGAGUUUUACCCCCAUCUGUGUAGUUCCCCAUUUAUGCAUAAUACUUAAUAACAUCCAGCACAGUUACUAUACAUAAAGUGCUAUUAGUGCUUCAGGGUAGACCCAAGCCAAGGACAGAGAAUGAGCUGCAGGUAGGAGGUGCCUGGUGGGAGCCGACCCUGAAGACUCAUGCGAGGUGAUCUGUCCCGUGCUGUUUAAUUCCUCACACUGUGAGCACUAGGACCCCUACGCUGCCUCCUCAGGUUAUGUAAUUUUUAUUUUUAAGAAAUAAAUGCUUAUCUUUAAAACAAGUCAUUAAACAGUUAUUCAUCCCACCGUUAGGGAGCAGCUUCUCUUUAAUGAGAAGGAUGGGAAGACAUCUCGGAGUGGAGUGAUAAUAGUGCGUGUCUGGAAAUCUGGGUUAGAGGCAAACACCAGACAGGCCAGCAGCUGAGUUCAGCAGUAGGAACAUCUGCAGUUGAUCAGCUGUCCUGUCAGAAGCAAACGUUAUUGGGGUUAGAGGGUUUCUUGGAGCCUAAGAAUAUGGGUUUGAUUCAAAAGUCAAAGAAGUUUGUAGAAACGUUCCUGCUUUGGGUUUUGAAUCCAUCCCAAAGAGGCUGAGGUUCAGCCAACUUAAGUUUUAAGAAUUUUUAUUCAGUUGGGUUUUUUAAAAAAAAAAUUUUGAGACAAAUAUGUGGCUUUGGAAUAAAGACAUGAAAUUGCCUCAGAUCCAUUUAAAUGUAGGAGGCAAUGUAAGCAAUGCCUGUUUAAUGACUAGAUGCAUCCUCUUUAAAGGCGGUUGCAGUAGGUUGUUGCUUGUGCAUAGACAGAAUAUGGGCAGAUCGCUGGUGGUGAUUUUAGUUGAUUAUUGCAGUACCUGGCUAUCUUACUAUAUGUAAACAUACUAUAUGUAUGUAUGUCUAUAUGCAUUUUAUUAUACACAUACAUACAUACUUACGCCCUGUGUUGUUACCAUAUCUCUCUAAUAUCUUAAAAAACUCAGUAGCAAAAGUAGCAAUUAGGUGAGUCAUUUGUUGAAAUGUUUGUGUUUUGUUAGUUCUCAAAUCUUAACUUAAAAGUGAAUCUCUUGGCAAUGAUCAGUUUGGAUGAUACAUCUUUUUUAGAUCCAUUUGUUGUCUCCUCCCAAAAAAACCCAAAGGAAGUAGAGGUAAAGCUAGACGGAUGUGUUGUUGCCAUGUUCUCUUUCAGCACAUAGUUAAAUCCGAGCAUCUUAAGUUUCUUGGAAGAUCUGUUGCAACCAUUAUCUUGUUCUUUCUUUAUCAUGCGUUCAAAAUACAAUGCAAAAUGCAAAAAAAAAAAAAAAUUAAUGUAGUAUGUAAAUAUUGACCUUUUAAAAUUAAAAUGUUACUCAGAGUGCUUACAGUCAACCACAUCUUAGCUAUUUGUUAGUUUUUUGUGUCGUCUUAUCUAAGUUUAAUGGAUAUAGUUCCAUAAAUGUUGAUGUGUUUUUGUGUAUAUCUUCAAAUUUUUAUAAAGAUGCUAGUAAGUCAAUACAUAUAUCCUGAUCUGUGUAUUAUUUGUUCACAGUUUUUAUUAGCAUAGCUUUAUAAUGAUUUUAAUAGGCAACUCCAGUAGGUGAUUAUAUGGAGCCAGCUUUUUUUUUUUUCCAAAUUAUUUUGUUUUCAUCAUGUAGCACUGGAGAAUUCACUUUAUAACUAAUCAUAUUUUGCCUUGACUAAAAGAUUGGAUUGGCCAUAUGAUCUGUGGUAUUUUAGUAGAAUGUUCUACUUUUUUUUUAUUUAAAAAAAAAAUCUCUGUCCUUCAACUUUUGAGGGGAAAUACAGUGCACUGUCAGACCAAGGCAUGGGGUUUCUAGGUUUGUUCCAUUGUGCUGUACAAGUACAAAUUAGGUCUGUCAUGUAAUAUUGUUCUCAAAAGUUUGGGAUAUUUUGGUUUUACACGCAAUUCAAGUUGGUCAUGUAACACGUUGGUUCAUCACAAUGUUAGCAACUGAUGUGGCACAUAUACUGUAUGAGGGAGCAGUGUGCAGUGUUGGAAAAGCUCGGUGUCGUUGGUGCUAAGCAGGAGGAGGACAGGUCCGUAGCAUCUUCAUAGCUGGAGCUGCUGCCAUGCAAGUGUUUAUCUCUAAGUAGUGGUAGAGAAUAAAUUUAGACAGGCAUAUUGUUCUUGGCCCACAUACAUCUCCAAUAUGACUUCAAGAAAGAAGAGUAAAUACUGGCACCCCCUCUGUAAAGUAUCUUCAGAUAUCUAGUUUAUUCCUCAGUUUAAAUCUGAAGAUUCACUUCAGAUUUCCAAAUUUCUGUAAAAAAGUCCUUCUCACCAUUAAAAUGCCAAGCAGACUGAGCAUUUUAGUUCUUUGAUGUUAGGUUUCCACUGCAAGGAUAUAGAUGAGAGAUUUUUUUUUUUUUUUUAUAAAACCGUAGGUUAUUUCAGAAUAACCUUGAGGGUCUUCAUCAUUUUUUCUUAACAUUAUCUAGCUAGUUGGAAUAAGAAAAAACCUUUUACUUGGUGCUGAAUUUUUUAUACUUUUUUAAACAUAGUAUCUUUUAUCGGUUUAGCUUGAAAUAGUGCAGUUUUCCUGGAAGCUGCUGUAGGCGCUUCCUAUCGUUGCACACAGUAAUUGCGUGUCUGUAUGUGUGUGUGGGUGCGUUGCCCUCAUAGCUGGGGUGGGAGGGUGGGCGGGAGGGUGUGGGGUUUCAUUUCUUGGGGGGUUUUUUGCCUGUUUUUUGUCUAACUUGGGAGAUAUCCUGGAUUUGUUCUCUGGCGUAGUAUUGUGUUGUUCUUGUCCUUUGCGCAGUACUGUGUUUAUGUGGGUCGUGAUACUCAAAGGUAGAAAUCUGGGUUCACCUGUUCACUGUCAAAAAGGCAUUUUUGUUCAGAGACACAAACCUUUUUUUAAAUUAUUUUUUGUGCUUUUAUUUUUUUUAGCAGCAUGUUGGAUGGGAAAUUAAAUAUGAAGGAAACAAAUACUGAACAGGUUGCAGAAAGUUAGCUAUAUUAUAAAGGUCAUUUAGGGUAACAUAGGGGUUUUGUUUCAAUGUUACCUUAAAUCAUGCCUUAACCUCUAAUUAAUUUAUAAAUGUAAUACUUGAAAGUAUUUUAUCUUCAAUUAGUAUCAAAUCCUAAGGAUUUUAUGUAAGGUUUUUUUGUAACCUGAUUUUUAAUCAUGGAGAUGACUUAUUAUCCACAUGAGCACAGGGUCUUGUGUACAAAAACACUGAUUCACAUUGGAUCCUUGCGUAUACCAACUUCUGGUAUAAUAUGGUUGGGAAGGAUCAUUUUGUUCUUUAUAAUGCUGCUUUUCGCAGGGUUGGGGUUUUUUAUUAAAAAAAAAAAAACAAACCACCUCCAUUUUCUACUUCUGUGCUUAUUUUGGUGGAAAGUAUGGUCCUUAUUGCACUAAAGAAAACUUCAAGGGGAAAGUUAACCUCACUGGGUCUUUUAGGUGCCUGUGUUGCUUUCUCACUUCUUGGUUGGAUGCACUGAUUUUUCUAACUAACUGGAAAUGGGCUUUAUAUAUACACUGUUUUUCAACAGGUUACACUGCUUUUAGUUAAUGUAACAGCACUUGGGUUAAGCGAUUUUUACCAUCUAAAUAAUUUUAAACAGUAUUACAGAUUAAGAAUAUUUUUGUAAAAGAUCCUGUGUACAUUGAAAUGUAGGUGUAUUGCAAUGUUGUGUGUAGUCACUUGGAAGAUCACAAUUCAAAACACAGCUGUAUUAAUGUUAUGUUCAUUCAGUGGUUCAGGAUUUUCUUUGUGUGCAUCUAAUGGUUUUUAAUAUGCAUUGUAUUUUUUCCUAGUGUCUGUCAGGCUACUUGGGAACCUUAAACUUUUAUUUCUACUUAUAUAAUAAAAAAACCAUUUUUUUGCAGGAUUUCUUUUUCAGACAGUGAAACGUCUUUCAAUGGUUUAACUUCUAAUUAAUACACAUUUUCAUUUGCAGAUACAGCAAAGACAAGACACUAACAUUCAUUUAUUCACAGCUGAUCUUCCAUACCAUUGCAUACAAUUUUUAUUGAUACAAAGUGCCCUUAGAGUAAGUCAACUUUCUUUUUUCCUGUGGUACCCUUUUCUUCUACCCUAUGUUUUACCUCAUUUCCAUCUCAUUUGCCCCCAGUUUUCCAUUCCCACAAGGAUUUUUGUGUCCUUGUUAUGUUUCUGCUCUUUUCACUCCCUGUUGCUCUCUCCAGACCUUCUCCUAUCUGAGUGCAUUGCAUCCAAUCUUUCACUCUAUUUUCUGUUCUUAUAGCUCUUUUGAGGAUACCUGAAGCCUAGAUCUCCCACCCUGAAAGCACAUCAUACUGUACUUCUCUUUGCAGACUUUGAUAUAUAAAGUUGAGCUUCCUUUUACAGGUGUCACACCUUAGGACAUGCUGCCCAUCCCAAAGCACUGGAGAAGCAUCGCUUAACCGUUUUGCUUUGCAGUUUUAUCCAUAUUGGAGAGUUAAAACAUUUUGCGUACGUGUUCUAGCAUUUGUGGCAAGCCAGGCGAAACAGGAUUAACAACUCUUUUAUCCUUUUCACUUUUUCAGGAGUUCUGUUCUUGAAUUCAGUGAUAGUAAUAGCACUUUUUUUUACUGCCACGUAGAAAUACGAACACUGUCGACACAAUUCUACUUCCUAUUACUAUUACUGAAUGUGAUCCUUCCUAACCUGUAAAGUCUUAAACGCUGUAUAUAUUUGGGUGUUUUGAGAAUCACUUCAAAUGUAUUGCUCUAAUCUGGAUUACGGAGUUCGUUUAUUAGCGGUUCAGGAUAAAUUCAACAGCCGACUGUAUGAUACUGACUCCACUGGGAGUUCGUCUACCUCAUGUUUUCUGCAGCAUCAUCUUCACAAGGUGUUUACUACUAAUUUUUUGAAUGUAAUACUGAACUAUACCAAACCCUCCGCUCGCAUAAGAGAUCUUUCUGUCCUACCUAUUUAAGCGAAUGUAAAAAUGGAAACACAAAGACAAUCUCAUGUACAAAUUUUUUUUACGUGUAAUUCCAUGUUUAAAAUGUCAACAUGUAAAUAUAUUUAUUGUACCUAAAAUAUGUCAAUAAAACUUGAUCUUUAUCAUA